CUUCUCUGGAUGUUUGGGAUCUCCAAGUCCCGCCUUGCAAGCGUCCUAAUCUUCUGUUGUUGCUUCUCUAAGACCCCUUCGGCUUGUUGCUGCUCUGUUGUUGGCCUGCCUCUCCUACUCGUAUCUUCUUUUCCUCCUGCUCCCCUUGGCCUGCAUAUCAUAUCAUCUCCUCCUUCGUUCGUGAAGAAAGCAGAGAUCCUUAGGGCGACCUGCGUGCGUGCUAUGUCUCGGCUCAUUCUCAUGGUGUAAAAAGCUCCUGCCUUUUCCUGCCCCGCACGGCCUUCGUCUCUUUUGCCUCCAGGGCUUUGUUUUGAUCCAAUCUUCGCCGUCUUCAUCUGCAGACGAUCGACUCAAGGAUGGCGGACCACUUUGCCCUGAUGACGGGGCGGAUGAUCACGGAGGCGACGCUUCAGUCAGCCAUUCAUCAGGCCUUCGACGUUCCUUCCGGGAAGGCUGAUUGUGAUCAUCAUGAUCAUUCUGUUUUUGAGGACGGGAGGAUCAAGAGUGGCGUCGUGGUGGAAUGCAGAAUCUGCCAAGAAGAAGGUGAUGAAGCUUACAUGGAGACCCCUUGCUCCUGCAAGGGUAGCCUCAAGUACGCUCACCACAUAUGCAUCCAGAGGUGGUGUAACGAGAAGGGAGACACCAUAUGUGAGAUAUGCUUACAGCAAUUUACACCAAACUACAGUGCUCCUUUGAAGUUGUUUCGGAUCGGAAGAAACCAAAUUAUCUUCAGGAGAACUGGAGAAACACUAGAGAACCUCAAUGCUGAAGAAAACAUUUCGCAAACGGCUGGUCAUGCUGUUGGCACAUCAAGCUUUGACUCUCAAGGUUCCAAUCCGAAAGGUGUCACCUACUGCCGUGUAAUUGCCAUAGCUUUGAUGGCUCUGCUAGUGCUCCGUGACGCGAUCUCGCUUCUCCUCGGCGGCCCUGAGGUGUACUCGAUAGCACUGAUCACGCUGCUGAUGUUGAGAACAGCCGGAAUUGUCAUACCAAUCUACAUCAUCUUGAUAUCAGUUGUCACAUUGCUCCAUCGGUACAAUCAACACCAGGGUGUUCAUGACGUAACGCCAGUUUCAGAGCCAGGGAGAGCAGAGGGCUUACAGAGCCAGCAGUCGAUGCCAACACAACAACAUGUUAUCAGCAUCCAGUAGCAAGCUGCGGAAGGAAAACUGUGGUUAGGUUCUGUAAAUAUCUGUCUCAUUGGAUGAAGUUGGCGAGAUCUAUGCUGGCUUUUAUAGGAUACAGAGGAUGCAAAAUCAUUGCAAGUGUAGAGUUGCUUCGUAGAAUCUUUGUACACAAGGCAUACUAAAACAGAUCCACCUAACUUUACAAGUCAUGAAGAUGAAGUGGGUAUGUGUAUAUAAAAUUUAGGAGUGCCCUCCCACAUUCCUGGGAAAGAGAAAAUUGUCCCCAGCUACAGAAGAUAACAAUCACUAAAACGUCUGUAUUUUCUUUGAAAAGAGUAGGGAACUGAAACUGCAGCUCUGUAAAAAAACGUGCAAUCCUUCACGCUUACAUCAA